UAUGUGUGCUUCUUCACAAGGUUAUGGAAUUAGAAUCAAAGCUAAAUGAAGCAAAAGAAGAAUUUACAUCGGGGGGACCUCUUGGUCAGAAACGAGACCCAAAAGAAUGGAUUCCCCGUCCACCAGAAAAAUAUGCAUUGAGUGGUCAUAGGAGUCCAGUCACUAGAGUCAUUUUCCAUCCUGUGUUCAGUGUUAUGGUCUCUGCUUCAGAAGAUGCUACAAUUAAGGUGUGGGAUUAUGAGACUGGAGAUUUUGAACGAACUCUUAAGGGGCAUACAGACUCUGUACAGGAUAUUUCAUUUGACCACAGUGGCAAACUUCUGGCUUCCUGUUCUGCAGAUAUGACCAUUAAAUUAUGGGAUUUUCAGGGCUUUGAGUGCAUCAGAACCAUGCAUGGUCAUGAUCACAAUGUUUCUUCAGUAGCCAUCAUGCCCAAUGGAGAUCACAUAGUGUCUGCCUCAAGGGACAAAACUAUAAAAAUGUGGGAAGUGCAAACUGGCUACUGUGUGAAGACAUUCACAGGGCACAGAGAGUGGGUACGUAUGGUACGGCCAAACCAGGAUGGCACUCUGAUAGCCAGCUGUUCCAAUGACCAGACUGUACGUGUAUGGGUUGUAGCAACAAAGGAAUGCAAGGCUGAGCUUCGAGAACAUGAGCAUGUGGUAGAAUGCAUUUCCUGGGCACCAGAAAGUUCAUACUCUUCCAUCUCUGAAGCAACAGGAUCUGAGACUAAAAAAAGUGGCAAACCUGGACCCUUCUUACUGUCUGGAUCCAGAGACAAGACCAUUAAAAUGUGGGAUGUCAGUACGGGCAUGUGCCUUAUGACUCUUGUGGGUCAUGAUAACUGGGUACGUGGAGUUCUGUUCCAUUCUGGGGGGAAGUUUAUUUUGAGUUGUGCUGAUGACAAGACCCUACGUGUUUGGGAUUACAAGAACAAGCGAUGCAUGAAGACUCUCAAUGCGCAUGAACACUUUGUUACCUCCUUGGAUUUCCAUAAGACAGCCCCAUAUGUGGUUACUGGCAGUGUAGAUCAAACAGUAAAGGUGUGGGAGUGCCGUUGAUGGAGUCUCAUUUGGCCCUUCCUCCCUUUCUUCCUCUGGAUGCACUCUGAUGAUACCAUGGUUACCCCAUUGAGCUCCGUUUAAAUAAAUAUUGUCCUUUCAUGUAAAUUAUUCUGGAUGUAGAUUGAGCUUAUUAAAUGUUACACACAAAGUAUUCAUGCAUGGUGAAUCCAAAUUGUAUACUGUAAAUUUACAUACGUUGUCUAGAAGUACCAUAGGGUUAAAAACCUGGGCUGGCAUUGGUCACACCAGGCCUGAGAAGGCAGAAGUUGAAUAAAUUGGAGUAGGGCACUAAACUGAAUAGUUGACAGUGUCAUUUUAUGUUGGAUUAUUAAUUCCUGUUUUGUUUUUGUUUUCCUUUUUUCUUUCUGCUAUCUGUUGGUGCCUGACUUGAAGGCCUCAUUUGGGGGAAAGUGGUGGGUAUUAGGGCUUUUUUCUGAUAUGUGUAUCUAUGUAACAUCACUUAAGUGUGCUUAAUAAAUCUUCUUUAAUGAUGAUAGAGAAUAAGGCUAACAAUUCAAAAUCUUCUGAACCAUCUAUGUAAUUAAUGGGGAUUACAAGUUGGGAUUUUUGUCAUGACACAUUUGCCAAAUCAAUAAGAUAUGUUUUGGCAGCCUGUGAAGGAGAGGCUAGUGGUAUAUUUAUGAAAGAAAAUUAUUGUCAGUCUCAAAUAAGAAAAAUCUCAGCAGCUAAUAGAAAAUUCUUUGUUUCGUUUGGGUAUCGAUGCUUUGUAAACAUAUUUUAAAACACUGUAAUAUUCUAAGCUUCUAUUUUCUACACUAGACACACUUGUAGUUGUAUUCUCCAUUUAUUAGACUAUAUAGUGAUGUGAAUUCCAAGUAAAAUUUAAUCUUUCCAUCAGGUGUGUCAUGGUACAAAUCACUAUUUUUUUUAUGUCUUUUAGGGAUGUGCAAUGUGCAUUACAUGACAGAAAUAUGGAAAAGGUUAUGUUUGCCCAUUUUAUGAGAAUGGGAGAAAUACAACAAUUUUUUUUCUAAAUGAAUCUGGUAUCAAUUUGAACUGUGUUUUAACUUACAAGUCUAAAUAAGACAGGGUUUAAUGGAGCGUGCACAAAAAUGUACUGUUUUCACCUUUUGUUUAUAUAUAAAUGUUAAUAAGUAUAUGGGCCUACCUAUAAGUGGAUAAGUCUCUGUGUGUGUAUAUAUAUAUAUCACACAUUCAACCUCCAUGUUCUGGGUUCUGGGUUUUUGAGAAGUGCUAAAACAUUUAAGUAGCAUAAAUCUUGCUGUGGAAUACUAAGCUUUAGAAGAAACCCUUUUUGAUCCAUAACACUUUUGAAAACUAGGUCUGACUGGGAAGUUUUCCCAGCAAAAGAAAAAUCACUUUUACCCCCCACCCCUCCUACACUUCCCAGUCUGACUUUUGGGAAUUUACAUAUCCCUAAUAUAUUGUAUAUUGUGUUCCAGAGUUACUACAAGUAGAUUAAAGAUUAUUUUCUAAUCUAUGACUUUGGAAACAAUAUCCCAUUAUAGAUUAUUAAUAAAUAAUUCCAUUACUUUGCUAAUAGACAAGUUAUUUUUAAGAAGGUCAUUUCAAAAGUUAACAGUGAAAUAAAGAUAGGUUAACAAAUUAUUCUGAAUUCCAUUUUAUUCAUUUGUGUAAUAUGUGAUUUUUAAAAAUGUCCUUUUAGUGUUUAAUGGACAUUUGACUCCUGAAAAAGACAAAGGGUUAAUGUCCUGUAGAUACACACACACACACACACACACACACACACACACACAGAGUAGGUCGUAUAUUCCCUAGAAACAGCUUUAUAUCUAGCUUGUAUGUAUCUUUUUGUUUGCUUGCUUGUUUUUAAUAAUUCCUGAGAUAUGUCUCUGGAAGAAAAAGUGUUCUGAGAACUAAUGGCUAUAUUUUAAGGACAAAAAUUACAACUUCAGCUAAUUCCUUAAAUAUAGUAGAAUAACUUUCAGGACAAUAUUGCCUCACAACCCUGCUCACAUUGAGAAGUCUUUUUGUGUUUUCCCUUAGCUGUUCUGACUGGAUUUUUCUACAAAAGCUAUGGAAAAUAUCUUUGUUCUCAUUUGCUGCUAUUUUCCUGUUCUGUUUUAAGAAACAAAUACAUAGAAAUGGUGCAUCUUAACAUUUGUUUGUACAUGUAUAAGUGUCUUGUAUUUUAACUCAUUUUUGGCAUGUAGCAACACAAAUUGUUUAAGGGUAAGCCACAACAUCGAGAAAUCACUCAGAUCUGAACAAUAAAGAAAAAAUGGUACCGAUUUAGGAGGAAACAAAGCUGCUAUCCCUUGGGUUUUUCCCCCUGCAGCAUACAAUGACUUUCAUUGACAAAGGAGAGACUAUUACUCUGUAGACUAUAAAAAGUGAUCCUUACUUGGGAGAUUGCCACAGCCUGCUGCUUAGUUACCAGAUAUCCUCCAUUUAAGAAGCAGCAAACAUUGAAUCUCAGGGAAGGUCCUUAACUGGAUCCACAUGUAACAAACCCUGUUUGAAUAAUAAAGGGGGUGGGGGACAGUGACCCAUCCGUGAUCUAGAAUCAGAUUUGCAGAGGUUUCCUGCACCGUUGUUUGACACUGCCCUGUUGAUGCCCUUUUCUUCCUGUUUCCUCUGUUUUCUCUGUCUGCUGUCUGACCCUGUGCCUUGCCUGGGAUAUGUACAAUGAUGAGGUUACUGGUUUGGAUUGUUAAGUAGAGAAAUUUAUUAAUUGGUUUAGAGGUUCACUGCUGCUUUGUCACUUUCUCAGUCAAAUUGGCCACUUAAAUCAAUUAAAAGCUGGUAGAAUGCAUCUUCAGAUGAUUACUGACUUUGUGUGUGUGUAAAACAGACAUUCCAGUGCCACCCUAUGUAAUGUGCCCAAGAAGUCCUAGCUGCACUCUUGAAAGUGCAAGCCAUGGAAACUGGUUCACUUGGAGAAUAGUUGCUUUUUGACAUGGCAUCUUGCACUUUAGGAGACUAAGACCGUCCUGUUUUGUCUAUGUGUGGUGUGACCAAUGGUGUGCCCAGUGCACUGCUCUAGAAAUCAUUAGUGUUAGCAAGUCGCCCAGGCCGCGGAGCACUCGCUGUAGUCUUUGGAAGCUUUGGCUUUAGAUCACCAAGCCCAGUCUCCUCAUUGUCAGUGCCCUGCUCUCCUGUUUGCCUCUUUCUGUUUCUAUGUGAACUUCCAGGAAAUAAUCACUCCUUAAAUAGUUUUUUAAAUGUACUUUUAGAAAACUAUUUAAAGAUGAAGAAUGUUUUGUUGGCAGUGGUGGCUUGAUAAUCCUUAAGCAACUGAAGGUAAAAUUGUGGGAUUGAAGGGACAGGCACUUAAAAUGGUUGCUCUUUCUGCCCAGCUGUAAAUAAGUCCAAUGUGUUAAUUAAUCUAGAUGAUGCAAAGAGGAAUCUCUGGUAGAGAAGCGACAUGACAUGUACAAAAUUGGUGGAAAAGAUCGUUUUUUCUUUCCCAGUAGGGUGGGGGGAGGGCAGAUGGGAUUUACAAGUCAUGACUGGACUGAACUGGCCUUUUUAUCUUUCCACUGUAUCAUGUAAGUAGCUGCUUUCUUGUCCUGCCUAUCCUUCAGGCAUCCCUAAAGCUCACUCUGAAGAUGAUAGAGACAAACAUAAGAUUUGGGAGUUAGAAGUUGAUCCUGACACCACAGACAUGAAGGCAAGCAUUGAUUUCAAAUGAACGCUGCAGAGGUGGUGACUGGAGAAACAGUUCCCCAGACUGUACGAGUUAACUGAAGAUAUUGACAGUUUUUAAAAAUCAGUAAAAGGAAUGUAUAUAAUAUUGCUCUUGUGUUUUACAGUAAGAUUUGUUGCUCUCAGACUGUGUAAAACAAAAUUUAUUCAUGUUUUCUGCAUAUUAAAAAUCUUAUUGUACCAAUUGGUAAACUAUUAAAUGCCUAUAAAACUA